CUCAAGACUUUUACCCUCAAUUUUGGAGCGAAAUCUAUAUUACGUAUUAUUCUGUGCUGCUACUGAAGGAACCCCCCUUUUGCUUAGAUCUGCCGCCGGCAACCGCCGUUGACUCCUUCCAUCUAGCCACCGCCGAACGGUGAGUCACUUUGCAAGAUGGGAACGAGAUCGCGGCAAUCAUGUCGAGACGAAGAAGAGGAGGAGCUGCUAGGUUGUGGAACCACGAGUAGAGGCGCUGAUAACGCUUUUCUCAAAUUGAACAAUCUUGACAUACACGGCGAUGAUGCUGGAUCACCCGGAGCAGUUGCUAGCAAGAAGAAAAAGAGAGGCCAACGGGCUGUUGGAGGUGAUAAGAGUGGAAGAGGGCUCCGCCAAUUUAGUAUGAAAGUUUGUGAGAAGGUAGAAAGCAAGGGAAGAACAACUUACAAUGAGGUGGCAGAUGAACUUGUGGCUGAAUUUUCUGAUCCAAUCAAUAGUGAUUUGACCCCUGAUCAGCAACAAUAUGAUGAGAAAAACAUUCGUCGAAGGGUCUAUGAUGCUCUGAAUGUUCUCAUGGCAAUGGAUAUUAUUUCCAAGGAUAAAAAGGAAAUACAAUGGAGGGGUCUUCCUCGUACUAGUCAGAAUGACAUUGAAGAACUAAAGGCAGAGCGUCUUGGGCUCAGAAAUAGAAUUGAAAAGAAAGCAGCCUAUCUGCAAGAGCUCGAGGAGCAAUUUGUAGGUCUUCAGAGCCUUAUAGAACGAAAUGAGCAAUUAUAUAGCUCAGGAAAUCCUCCCAGCGGAGGUGUAUCUUUACCUUUCAUUCUGGUACAGACACGUCCUCAUGCAACUGUUGAAGUGGAAAUAUCAGAAGAUAUGCAGCUUGUACAUUUUGAUUUCAAUAGUACUCCUUUUGAGCUGCAUUACGACAAUUAUGUUCUCAAGGCAAUGAAAUUUUGUGAGAGACCAGAGAGUGAUAAUAUAACAAACAAUAUUACCAGUGGAGGUGAAGGUUCUAGCAUGCCAGGCUUGUAUCAGUCACAGGUUCCUCCUCCAGUUUCAAACGGGCCAGUUAGGCCUCCCACAUCACCCCCACUUCCUGGAAUAUUAAAGGCAAGAGUUAAACAAGAGCAUUAAUCUGCAAUUUUAUCACAUCGUCUUGCUUUAUUUAAGCAUGUCUGUAUAUUUUGUAAAUGAAUUUGCUGCAAUUAAUAGACCUCCAUAAUAUUUUGUAAAGUCAUUCUGUAGGUUAGAAGCAGACUGAUCUGCUUCUUUGUUGUUAGGGGUAGACUGGCAAAUUUGUUGCUUGCAAUCCAUCAUUUACCAUUUGAACUGAUUAUGUUUCCCCGACAUAUUUUCUCAGGAACCGUUCCCCCGUUGUAGUAAGUGAGAAAUCGGUUUGUAUUUAGUGCAUAGAUCAUGGAAUGGAAUCCAACAGCAUAGGGUUAAUUUCGGAAUUCACUGGUUUAUAGUGUAAACUGUACAGUUUUCCAGCUUACGUUGAUAUUAGUUGUUUUUUUUUUUUGGAAGUAGAUAUUAGUUGGUCUUUAGACCAAUGCAUCUUAACCUGCUUGUCUUGUAGCAUAUACUAGGGCCCCCUUGAGGCUCUGCGUGUUUCUAUUUCAAAAUUACUUUGAUGGAAAUUUUGAUAAAUGUGUCAG